AUGGGCCAAGAAUGCUUCACUUGUGUCGUACAGAACUGUGGGUACCUCUGGGUUCCGGGUGACGAACCCUGGAAGGUGGAAGGGGGGCAACAGAGGCGGGGAAAGGACCGGCAUGGCCAGUCAGCCCGGAGAGGGCGGCCUCCGGCCUCCCCGCCUCCGGUAACGCCCGCCUUGUCCUCGGCCGUCAGGGACGGAAGUAGAAUGGCCGUGAAGCGGUGCAAGUAUCCCCACGGGCAGCAAACCGCUCUGCCUAACGGGAAGCCUGCGCGGCCGCAGGCCCGGUCGUCAUCCGGGCCUGGAGUUUCCCCGGGUCCAGGGCGGCCGCGCCUCGCUUCCCGGCCCUGCCGGCCCUCGUGGCCGUCCCGCUGCGGGCUGCACCUACCUUCCCCGAGACUGCGCGGGCGCCGCCAGUCACACAGGCCGAGGCCGCGCCGCCGCCGGCCCCCCCGCGCUCCUCCCGCCGCAGCGCUGGCUGGCGAUCGCCUUUAUUUGCGGGUCUCGCAGCCACAAAAUGGCGCUGAGGGAGGAAACCAGGCCCCGCCGCCGGCCCCGCCCCGCCUCGAGUGCGCCCCGCCCCGAGCGCGCCGCCGAUACCCCUCCCGUGGCCCACUCACCCGAGACGCGCCUCUCGGGCGCCUCCGGCGAGAAGAGGCCGGCUGGGCCCGCUCGGGGCCUCGGGGCGCGGAGAGGCAGCGGCACUCUGCCGCCUCACCCAGACCGUCAGCGGAAACCCGCACCUGCCCCGUGGGGGCUCGGCAAGCUCAGCCCGGCUGGGGAGGGAAGCGGCCGGAGAGAAGGGCGGGCCCGCGAGGUCGGAGGUCACUCGCGAGGCAUCUCGGGACGGCGGCCGCAACCGGACACGCUCGGCGGGGCCACCUGCGGCUGCUGCGCGGCCUGGGCGGAGGAAUCCGAGCCGGCAAGCUUUUUGAGAUAUGAUCUCAUGUAGCACAUGGUCACCUUCAUCUCUUAGUGAUCCUCCUGCCUCAGCCUUUCAAGUACAGGAGAAUGGCUUCAAGUAUGAAGCCACACUGUGUACUGUCCCCGCUGAGCCCAACGGGAUUCCGGAGGCAGCAGCCCUACUGUCCCCGCUGAGCUCAAUAGGACUCCAGAGGCAGCAGCCCGGCUCGGCCCAUCAGGUGUUUAGGACCGGAGACAGCUCCAGGGAUCAAAGACAGAAGUGGUAGCCCAGAAUUCAAAAGGAACUGAACCUUUAAUCCGCUUUCCUGCCUGGAGCCCUCGCUUGCAGGGGCU